UUUGACUAUAGCGUGUGAGUGCUCUUCUGAGAAUUCUCUCCAAGUUCAUGUCCGUCUUCUUGUCUACUUUCCCUUUCCUUUCUGGGUUCUUCUGAUUCCGCUUUUUAGGCUUCUCCAUCCAACUGGGUAACUGAGAUCUGAAGCUUUAAUCACGGUUUCAACUUGUUUAUUCUCUGGUAGUUGAGUUGUAGCAGAAGAAAUAGUCGUGGCUACUUCUGUUUGGAAAGAGACAGCAUGCGGUGGUUGAGUCUGUCUGUUGAUGUGUUCCGAAGUUUUACUUCUUUGAAUCUGUAUUGUCGAGUUAUUCUGUAAAUCUCCCUGCUUGGAUUAAACCCCAAUUCACUCGUCUUCUUUUUUGCUAAUCUGUCCAUGGGAUCCAACCUCUUCGUUUUUAUUCCUCGCUACGUGCUUCAGAUUAUCUGAGAAUUAAAGACAAAUCAAACUAACCCUCUUGUUAGGGCUUAAUCUUUUUCUGUUAUAAACUUGUAAUCUGAUCUGGGUUUGCAGUUUAACCCUUUAUCUGGUUUUUUCCUUUGUCCAUCUUUUAGUUUGAUUCUUCCUUUCGAGUGUCAAUUGGUUUUCGGAUAGAUUGUGGGUUUCUUUUUACAAGGGUGAAAAAGUAGUUAUGGUGUGCCAAGCAGCGAGCCAGACAAGAUUCCGGGCAUUGAAACAUGAGAAUGGGAUUGCAGGGAGCGCGACCAUUAUAGUUAGAGUUAUAGCAUGCUUUCAUCAAUUGCAGGAUUGCCAGGCUGAGUACUUUCGUCAUUUGCUGAAGCCCGUAACGUAGAUUAGUAGAUUGAUCGUCGUUGUUAAUAUUCUUCGAAUUAAGCUGGAGAUUAUAGUUUUCUUUGAUCCUGAGUGAGGCAACAAACAAAAUAUUUCUUACCUAUUACUCACUGGUGAUUGUGUUAGUUUAAUGGGAAAGAACUGUGGUUCUUGGAUUCAUCAGCAGCAUUCUGCUUUGCAACAAUUCAAUAUGAAUUGCACGAGCCCUAUGCCGGAUCUGGGCCUGGAUAAUACUUUCCCUGCUUAUGCAAACCCUCAGUCUCGAAUGGCUUCUGGUGAUGGCACAUUGCCUGUACCGGGGUUUGCUUUUCCUGAGCUCGGUCAGUUGAAAAUGUCCCAAGCAGCUGAACCUCAUGGGUGGUUUUAUUGUUUACCACGCCACCGGCAGGCAGCCUUUGCUCCACCCAAUUGCAUUGGGACAGAAAAGUUUUCUGCAUUCCCUCAUGGAUGUUACGGCCAGGGGGCAGCCGCAUCCAAUGCAGAACCAGGUUCUGUUGAGAAGCAAUUCCUCGUCUUCGAUCAAUCCGGGAAUCAAACAAGCUUCUUUAUUAGUUCAGUGAUUGCUCCUUCUGUUCAAGUCCAACACCCAAGUUAUAAGAUUCAGAAUCCAUUUGAUACUGAGCUGGCAACUAGUAGAGAUCCAAUUUAUCAAUCUGGGCCUGUUGUCUCUGGUGCAUUGGAUGAGAAUCAUGAAAGUGAUGAUGGAAGUGAAAUGCAUGAAGACACAGAAGAACUAAAUGCUCUACUUUAUUCUGAUGAUGAAUUUGAAGAUACUGAUGGUGGUGAAGAAGAUGAUGAGGUAGCUAGCACGGGUCAUUCCCCUAUUGAAAUGACAGGCCACGAAAAUCAAGAAGAUGAAGCAGAAGAAGAAGUUGCAAGUUCAGGUAGCCCAACUAAGAGGAGGAAACUGCUAAAUGGAGAACAUGAAGCAACAUCUUCAAUCAUGGAUACUGCAAGUUCAGCAAAACCCAAUGGCUUGACGACGUCAUAUUACGAGGACGACGCCCAAUCAAGCUGCAUCAAAGGCAGGGCAGGAGGAAGAGAGAUGGGUUCACUGAAGCGGUCGAGGAAGGAGAAGAUACGGGAGACAGUGAGCAUUCUGCAGAGCAUAAUUCCGGGUGGGAAGGGUAAGGAUGCUGCAUUGGUCCUUGAUGAAGCAAUCCAAUACCUGAGAUCACUAAAGGUUAAAGCCAAAUCUCUUGGGACCUCUACUACUCUCAAGUAAAGGGGAGCUUUACCAGUACUAGUACACUAGUUAGUGGUGGUUGUGUCAUAUGAUCUUAGUGCAGUGUUAGUAUAGUAGUACUAUUAAGUGGAUUUGCUCUCCUGGAUUGAAUUUACCAAAUGUCUGAAAUCCAAAACCAGAGAAAGAGGAAGGGUGGGGAAGUGAAAGACCUAAGAAAGCUGCACUCUGAGUCUUCUACUACUAUUCUAGAUUUGAAAUGAUUGAAGCUGGGAAUCAGUACUAGUUUCUGCAAUUGGAGUCUGCAUCUCUCUCUUUCCCCAAAGCUAGAAAGGAUGAUACCUUAAUAAGGAGUUGAAGUGUUCAUAAGUUCACACGUAUUGGGAAGGGAAAAUGGUGUUUUUGUCUGUUGACCCAGAAAUGAUUAUUACGAGUUGUGGCUCUCUAGGGUUGUGAGAAAGCGAGGCCAGAGGUGUAAGGUGUAGGGUUGGAGUGUGAUGUGGGGUGGGAGCUGUGGGUGACGAGCCGAUGACCCAUGAGGAGUUUGGCUUUGUGUUGGUGGGUGUGGGUCACGGGAUAAGAAGCGUGCAUGCGCGUUUGGUGGAUUGGGUCCCAUUCUCUUUGGCACUCCGUUACCUCCCUUUUUGUUCUCUUUUGGAUCAUGUUGUACUGUUUGAGGCUUUGAGCUUGAGAGUUUGAUGUGGGUUUUGUCUGAAAUUACUCUGCUUUAAAGAGAAAGCGGAAAAAACUUUGGUGUGGGUCCUGUAGGGGGGGCCAUUACAACCAUUAUACUGAGUAUUGUAUGCAUCUUUCCCUUUUUAAUUUUUCUUUCAAUUCCAGUGGGUUAUGAUUAUGAUACUCUUCGAUA